GUUGCUGUUCUCCCUUGUUAAAUAAUACUUGUGUGUUCACAUCGUUUCAACAGCAAACAGAUGGGAUUAGAAAGUCUAUUGGGAAUAAGAAGAUGGCUCCAAAGAAAAAGAAUUUUAAAAAAGGAACUCACGAAACUCUUCCAGAUAAAAAAAAUGUAAAACUGAACAUUGAGACGAGUAAGAGCUCUGAUACACAUGAAAAAUAUGUUGCACCCUCCAAAGAAGAAUUUCAAAAAAGUGGGAAAUUGCCACUGAACAGCAACUGGGAUAGAUAUGAAGAACCCAAACUCGAUCCACAUGCUGAUAAAAUGAGAGGAGAUGAUUUUGAUGUUAUGCUAAGUUAUUCCGGUGGCUCCAAUUCUCAUUUGCAAUUACAAGAUGAAAAAUAUUGGGACGAAGAGCUUAAAGAUGAUAAAGAUCAUUUAGCCUUAGAUUUUGACGCUUUGCAAGCUGCUUUAAAGUGCAUACCAUUUCAGGAGCUAGUUGGUUUACCGGACAAUAUUUUUGAUGAAAGUCAGCUAACUAAUCUUUAUGAUUGUGCCAAUAAGGGGGUGUUGGCUUACAAAAAUAGAAUUUACCCUGAAUUUAAAAAGGUGCAAAGCAAACUUCCAGAACUGGUGAAAAAUCUAAACAUUGUGGAAAAUGCUGAAGAAUCGGAUGUUGAAGUAGUCCCUAGACGAAAUUAUGGAAUUGAAGAUAGUACUGAAAAUUAUAUUGCAUCUCUGACAUCGAGUUUGUCUUUAAAGAGUUGGGGUAAAGAUAUUUCAAAUGACACUAGCGCACAAACAAUAGAAAAUCCUCCUAAGCAGUCAGAUGAUUUAGAUUUUCUUCUGUCUUUGAGUAUUCCUUCUACUAGUGUUACUUCUGCACCUAAUAGUGAAAAAGUAGUAGAAACACCUAAAACUACUAGUGUUGAUGAUUGGCUUAAUAGCAUACUUGAUGAUUAGUUUAUUUAUUUUGGGAAAGGUAUGAAUUUGUGGAAGAAAGAAAUGUACAAAUGUACU